GGCGCGGGCGCCAUGGCGGCGGAGGCGGCGGCGGGGCCGCUGGCGCUGGUGACCAGCUGUGCCGCGGGCUUCGCGCCCGAGGAGCUCGUCAAACGUAUCACAGGGAAAGAUGACCUGACUGUGGGUGCAAUUACAAGUGGAAGAGUGAAUUUUUACCCCUGGACAAUCGAUAACAAGUAUUAUUCUGCAGAUAUUCAUCUCUGUGUGGUCCCAAACACGUUCCACGUCACUGGAGAAAUCGCCGAGUCCGUGCAGGCGUUCGUGGUGUACUUUGACAGCACAACAAAAACUGGGCUGGAAGGUGUCUCUGAGUGGCUGCCCCUGACAGAAGAGUGGCUGCCAGAGGUGCUGAUCCUGGUGUGCGACAGAGUGUCUGAGAAUGGUGUAAACAGACAGAAAGCUCAAGAAUGGUGCAUCAAACAUGGCUUUGAGCUGGUAGAACUUAACCCUGAGGAGCUGCCUGACGAAGAUGAUGAUUUCCCCGAGUCCACCGGGGUGAAGCGGAUCGUGCAAGCCCUGAAUGCCAACGUGUGGUCCAACGUGGUCAUGAAGAGCGACAGGACCCAGGGCUUUGGGCUCCUCAGCACGUUGGCGGGUGCAAAUCGAAGUGUUGGCCCUGAAGAGACCCAAGAGACAGAAUCCAACCCUUCCCCAGCAGACAGAGAAGAUUCCCAGGCUGACAGCAGGGAAGAUGGAGCUGGAACAAACAACCUGCAGCUGGACAACGCUGCAGAUCCCAUGUUGGACAUGGACAUCCAGGAGUUGGCCAAUCUGACCACGAGAGAUGGGGACCUGGAGAACUUCGAAAGGCUGCUCUCAAAGCUGAAAGAAAUGAAAGAUAAAGCUGCCACGUUGCCUCAUGAGCAAAGGAAGCUCCACGCAGAAAAGGUGGCCAAAGCCUUCUGGAUGGCAAUUGGAGGAGACAGAGAUGAGAUUGAAGGUCUCUCCUCAGAUGAAGAAAACUGAGUUCUUCUGUAGCUGGAAUUGCAGAGCAAUCCUGCAGGAAUGAUCUUUCCCUGUAAUUAAGUGUUUAUUGCCAAAAACCCCAUUUAGCUUUAGCCCCUCUCACUGGGGAAAGGAUUCCCCGUGUCACUGUAGUGAGUUGAACAUUCCAGACCAAUUCCUGGCUCCAGUGGGUUUGUCUGACUGGCCUUUGUCCUCUCCCAGAGGACUUUGGAAGGUGCCACGUGCGGUUCAAGGAAACAGGAAUGAGUUUACAUUUCUCAAAUGAACAUUUUUAUUGUUUCCUCCUCGGAGUUUAAAUAAACAAAUGUGCUCCCA